GAAGGGAGGCGAGUUGCCCGGGGAGCUCCGCACACAGCACACAGGCGUGGUGUGCAUGCGCACAGCGCAAGGUGGACUUGCGUCCCUCCCUCGCCCUUCUCCCGUGCCCUCGGGGUGGUAACCGCCGACGACAAAGCGGGGGCAGUGGCAGCAGCUCUGGCUUGAGCUGCAAGGCAGCAGCGCAUGCGAGCGAGACCAAGGAGGAGAGCAGGGGAGGAGGGAGAGGACGUGAGGUGGGGGUAGAGGGGGAGGGAGGGAAGGAGCGAGCGCGCAAAGCGAGCAGAAGAGCAGGGGAUACACAAGCAGCCCGCACAAUAACAAACAACAUCAGCAGCAGCAAUUAGAAGGAACCAUGUCUCCGUCGUCAGCUGGGAUGGAGGAGAGCCAGACGGAGACGGACACGAGAGAAGAGCAGCGGCCUGUGCGGCAGUCCCUGAGCGAGGCGCUGUGCCGCGAGUCGCACUGGAAGAGCCUGGUUCUCUCCGUGCUCAUGUACGGCUGCCUGGGCGCGCUUGCGUGGUGUCAGCUGACGCGCGUCACCGUCUUCACGUUCGACGGGCCGUUCCGCGCGGGCCGCCCGCUCGCCUACCAGCACAGCCCGUGCUCCAGCGGCUACGUGUACAUCCCGCUCGCCUUCCUGCUCAUGCUCUACGUGGUGUACCUAGUGGAGUGCUGGCACUGCUACGCGCGCGGCCAGACGCAGCAGCGCGCCGAGACGGGCGGCGUGUACGAGCGCGUCGAGCGCAUGCAGGCGGCCACGCCGUGCAUCUGGUGGAAGGCGAUCAGCUACCACUACGUGCGCCGCACGCGCCAGGUCACGCGCUACCGCAACGGGGACGCCUACACCACCACGCAGGUCUACUACGAGCGAGUCAACACGCGGGUGGCCGAGGCCGAGUUCGACUACGUGAACUGCGGCGUCAAGGACAUCUCCAAGGGGCUGAUGGAGCUGGAGCAGCACCCGGUGACCAAGCUGCGCUUCACCAAGUGCUUCAGCUUCGCCAACGUGGAGUCGGAGAACGCGUACCUCACGCAGCGCGCCCGCUUCUUCACCGAGAACGAGGGCCUCGACGACUACAUGGAGGCGCGCGAGGGCAUGCACCUCAAGAACGUCGAGUUCAAGGAGUGCGUCGUGGCCUUCUCCGACCCCGAGCGGCCGCCGUGGUACGUGUCGCGCCGCGUCUUCUGGCUGGCGGCCGUCGUGAUGCUGUCGUGGCCGCUGCGCGUGCUCAUCGAGUUCCGCACGGCGUACGUGCACUAUCACGUGGAGAAGCUCUUCGGGCUGGACUACGUGCCCGGCGUGACGCCCUCCGACGAGCCGGCACCCUGCCGCCGCAUCCCGCGCGUCAGCACCGUCGACAGCAUCGAGCUGGAGUGGCGCAUUCGCUCCAACCGUCAGCUGGUGCCCAGCUACUCCGAGGCGGUGCUCAUGACCGUGGGGGCGGCGAGCGCGGCAUGCGGCGCCGGCGGGGGCGCCGGUGGCAGCGCCGGCACCCUCGCUGGCAGCGGUUCGAGCUUCAUCCGGCACUGCGAGCGGUGCCACCGUACGCGCAGCAGCCUCAGCAUCUUCUCGCGCGGCGCGUCGCAGAGCAACGGCAACGGCAACACGGCGGCCACCAACACCACCACGUGCGGCUCGCGCUUCUCGCUGGCGGCCAGCCGCUUCUCGCUGGCGCGGCUCUACGGCUCGUGGCGCAACGGGCUGUGCGGCAGCGGCGGCCGGGUGGCGGACGCCAACGGCGACUGUAGCUGCGGCGGCGAGAACUCGCGCUGCGUGUCACGGCACCACAUCGUGGCGCACGAGGAGCCGCCGCCCGCCUACUGCGACGCGCUCUACUUCCCCGUGCUCAUCGUGCACCGCACCGAGGGCUGCGUCGGCUCUGAGCCGGCGUCCACGCAGACGCCCUCCCAAUCCCUGCAGAGCCGCGGACACAGCAUGGAGACGAUUCUGUAGCGGGCGCCCAACCCCUGCGGGGCGGAGCCGUCGAGUGAGCGCGCGGGAGGCCGCGGCGCUGUGUUCCGCGGCCCGGAGGGGCCCAGGAUGCGGAGACGGCGGACAGGGGACCCCAUUGAAUUCAUUCAUCGCACCGGGGCCGAUGCCGCCCACGCCGAGGCACUGGCCUGAACCCCCUCUCCCGCUCGCCCACCAGAAGCCACCCAUGCGAUGGAGAGUUAUCCGCUUGUAGCAGUUACGCCGCUAUGCGGCGACGGCUAUCCGACGAUACAAUAAGCAAGGCAGACUGUAAACAGCAAAAUAGGACCAAAUCUUACAUGUAUUGUAAAUAGCGUGCUCAGAUUUCGUACCGGGUCCAUGACACACCGCAGCUUCACAUUGCGAUACAGAACACGCUCGCCUUUACAUAGGGUGGUGCCUCUCUCUCGGCAGCGAGAUGAACACGAGGUGCCGGAGCCUAAUAUUUAUCUGUGAACCGAAUGGACGUCGUGAAUGACACACACACACACACACAAAGAUGUUUACUGGAGUUUUAUGACGAUGUGCUAUAUACUAGUUACAAAAAAUAAUUAACCGGGGUUUUUUUUACAUUACUUUAUAAAAAAUGUAUUAUCGCACACACCACGGUUUCAAAUGAAUUCCACUCGUGCGCUACAUUGUACGCAGAGCCUGCUCGUGCAAACCGCUAAGACGAGCGAGGAACGGUGAGACGUUCACGACGUGGAAGAGUGCAACGCUGGAGUGGUGCAUCAUCAGUGGGGUCAGCGGAAGCGCUUUUGGGUAUAAUCUGAGGAGCAUUUAUCGAGCGAUGGUAUGUCACGUUUAGAAUGAUUGCUCCUAAAAGCAUGAUUACACGUCUUUGUACUCCUGAUAUCUAUUGACGAAUUCAUCAGUAGCUUGAAUUGAAAAUAUACUCACCAAUUAACGAAGAGUAAAGAACAAGCUGUAUGUUAAGACUUAUGAGAUAUCGUUAUAUCAAGGCUCACAUAAGUCAAAGUGCUUUUUCCUAUAUAAUACAUUCACAGCACAUGAAAAUUGAUAUUUAUAUGUCAUUGACAACUUUGAUUUAAUGCAUUUUUCCUUCACAUAUUUUGUAAUACUGUGUCGACGUUUAAUUUAAAAUAUCGUGUUUUUUAUUUUAUAAGAUCAUUCAGUUUCACUGUCCUACGACGAAAUUAUACGGUACAAAUUUUUUUGAAAACCAAAUUUAAGAUGUGUAAUAUCAUCACUUUUCCCCCUGAAAUGUGACUAUUUUGACACUCAACAAAUUACAAUUCCCAAAUUCAUACUUAAGAACCAGCAAGCGGUGUUUGGACGCAUGCUGAGUUGCAGUUCAAAUUAUUCUGGACAUCCGUGUGCAGACAAACGGCAAAAAUAACUGCUCUGCUCUGCCGUUUGGCUGUUUUUCCAUAAAUAAUUCAUGCUUCGCGCGUGAUUUAUGUUGUCAUAGUAAGCUUUCUAUAGUGAGAAACGGGCACAUCGGGACAUACAUUUAACUGUUAACGCGUCGCCGUCAAUCGGUAUGUAUCACGUGACACAUGGCCUUUUGGAAGUCAGGAGUGCCUCGUCAUGGAAUAAUGCUUUGGGAAGUAGGAGUGGGGAUCGGAAGAGCGGAUAUUAACAUAGCAUCAUCCGGGAAUUUUGUGAAAUUCAAUAAGUGAUUUAAAAUUGGAAACACAUUAUGAAGGUGAUGUAUAUCGGGGUCAAUAUGUGUACAAUGGGUCAAUGUAUUGAGCUAAAUGAACAAUUAUAGAUAGUUAAAGGCAUGGUACAAGCAAAAGGAGUAUAAAUAUAGUGGCAGACGUCCAAGCAGGUUACUGCUAACCGCACCUCUGCAAAGUGGCACAGGAAACAAGGCGAUGCAUUCUUAGCGAUGACGGCACGCGCACAAUUUAUUGCGUUAAAACGAGGAAAGUACCCAAGGUAACUGAUGUUUAUUCUAUUACAUAGAAACACAAAUGUGUCGUCUUUAAGCGUGUGUGUGUGUGUUACGUAAAGCGAAAGAACAAUUCCGCCUUAGCUAGUGACCUAUGUUGUUAUUUAGUUGCUGGCAAGUUAAUGUGAAUUCGGUAAAAAAAGUGUGAAAAACCCACAGUACUUGGUUUUUUGAUGAACUGUGACGUUUUUGGGUCUGCUACUCAAGUUUAUCAAAAGUGCAUGCAAUCAGGACUCCAAGUCAGUCGAUGGCAAAUUCCAGGCCAAGGUUUUGCGAGGCACCUGUAUGUAAAUGUCGUUUGUUUGACCAGACGAUGGUCCGUUGAGUUGGAUUCCACUAUCAUUAACUUAACACAACCAUUCCAAAGCUCUGUAGGCACAGAGCGACAAAAUGUUGAAGAGGGGAUUAAACACUGUCUUUAGAUGUUGUGUUUAUUAUGUUUGUGUGUGAAAUUAACUGCACAUGAGUGACACUGUAUUUUUUAUUAUGCUUGUUUACCCAGCGAAGCCUCACUGAAUCCUUUUUCAGGAGUGUCCUGCCGAGUUUUCAUAGUAGGCGGCGAUGCUGCUGCUGUGUAAUUCCAAUUGAGUAAUUUGCAGGUAAUUUUUCAGCAUUGGGAUGUUUUGGCCAAUAACCGUUACAUUGUGUGAUAAUUUUAUCUAUGGGAAAAAAAAACGGAGAACCCAGAGGAAAUCCAUGCAGAACGGUCGGAGAAUAUACAAACUCCUUGCAGAAGGGCACCCACGUUGGGAGUCGAACCCAGGCUCUGCUUGCUGUGAUGCACAAGUGUUACCAUCGCGCCACCGUAACUUGAGAUAGUUCAGCCGAUGUAGUGUUGCUGCGUGGUGUAACAAACUGCAGACUCCGGUAUUUCCAGCCACGUGGCUUUCAUCCAAAAAUCUCAUCCGAGGACGCAAUUUUGUGCUGAGCCGUGGCUGUUUGUGUACCUCUCUCUCAGCACCAGGAUGCACUUUAACGUAUGAUACGUCUGUUAGUAUAAUUGAGACCGCUCAAUGCACACUAUGUAUCUGUAGUUAAUUUAUCGUUUGGCAGCUGUGGAGAUGCAUGUAUCACUCACAUCUCAGGACACUGGUAUCCACAAUUCACAGUCCAACUUAAUGUCAAAUGCGAUCAUGUACGUAAAAGGUGUAAAGUCAUUUAAUUUUGAAUAUUACUGAUAUGGGCAAUAAAAACAAAUCAAAGUA